CAUAUCCUUUCAUCUAUAUAUAUUAAUGACUGCAAGCAUUAAGAACCAACUCAAAUUUAUUCACAGUUCAAAGAAUUUGAGAUUCAGAAACAUUCUUCAUUUACACCAGUCUACCAUUUUUAGACCAAUAUCUUUUCAUAACACAUACAAGAAUGGGUUUUCGUUUAACCGGUAUCAUCAGAAGGGCUGCAAACCAAACAUCUUCAAAAGGCGUGGAUGUGCCAAAGGGAUAUCUUGCAGUAUACGUUGGAGAGGAAAUGAAGAGGUUUGUGAUCCCAAUAUCAUACUUGAGCCAAUCAUCAUUUCAAGAAUUAUUGAAUCAAGCCGAGGAACAAUUCGGAUAUGACCAUCCAAUGGGUGGUCUCACAAUUCCUUGCAGAGAAGACGUUUUCUUAGAUAUUACUUCUCGUUUGAAUCUGUGCUAAUAUCUUCAGAUGAAGGAACUGACAUAGAUUAUUUUAGGCAAAAUUGUACAGAAGGCACUUACAUAUUUUUCAUUUUAGUCUACCUUUUGACAGUGAAAGAUAAAUAGAAAAACAACUGAGUGAGAUGAUUAUGAACAAAGAGAUUAUGACUUAUUUACGAAAAUUUUCAACUAAGUUGUAUUACAAACUUAUAUGCAGAAAUAUAAUACAAAGAGACAUAUUUGUCUGGCA